GGAGAGUCGCGUUGGUGGCCUCCGGCGCGCGCCGAGCGGGACGACGGCUCUCGGACGGGGUCGCGGGCCAGGGGACGCGGAAGCGGCUUCCCGGGGACGCCCCGCGCCGGCGGCCCCCCCACCCCCGCCCCGGGCUCGAGGAUGCUGCGGUCUACGUGGAAUUUUCUGAAACGUCACAAGAAGAAAUGCAUCUUCCUCGGCGCGGUCCUCGGAGGAGUAUAUAUCCUGGGGAAAUAUGGGCAGAAGAAAAUCAGAGAAAUGCAAGAAAGGGAGGCUGCAGAAUACAUUGCCCAAGCACGACGACAAUAUCAUUUUGAAAGUAACCAGAGGACUUGCAAUAUGACAGUGCUGUCCAUGCUGCCGACACUGAGAGAGGCCUUAAUGCAGCAACUCAAUUCUGAGAGUCUCACAGCUCUGCUGAAGAACAGGCCUUCAAACAAGCUAGAGAUAUGGGAGGAUCUGAAGAUAAUAAGUUUCACGAGAAGUAUCGUGGCUGUAUACAGUACUUGUAUGCUGGUUGUUCUGUUGCGAGUCCAGUUAAACAUAAUUGGUGGAUAUAUUUACCUGGAUAAUGCAGCAGUUGGCAAAAAUGGCACCACAGUUCUUGCUCCCCCAGAUGUCCAACAGCAAUAUUUAUCAAGUAUUCAACACCUCCUUGGAGAUGGCCUAACAGAAUUGAUCACUGUCAUUAAACAAGCUGUGCAGAAGAUUUUAGGAAGUGUUUCUCUUAAGCAUUCUUUGUCCCUUUUGGACUUGGAGCAAAAACUAAAAGAAAUCAGAAAUCUCGUUGAGCAGCAUAAAUCUUCUUCUUGGAUUAAUAAAGAUGGAUCCAAAUCUUUAUUAUGCCAUUAUAUGAUGCCAGAUGAAGAAACUCCAUUAGCAGUUCAGGCCUAUGGGCUUUCUCCUAGAGAUGUCACCACUAUUAAACUACUCAAUGAAACCAGAGACAUGUUGGAAAGUCCAGAUUUCAGCACGGUUUUGAGCACCUGUCUGAACCGCGGUUUCAGUAGGCUGCUGGACAACAUGGCUGAGUUCUUUCGGCCUACUGACCAGGACCUGCAGCAGGGCAGCUCUAUGGACAGUCUUUCCAGUGUCAGCCUGCCUUUAGCUAAGAUAAUUCCCAUAGUAAAUGGACAGAUCCAUUCAGUUUGCAGUGAAACGCCUAGUCAUUUUGUUCAGGACCUGUUGAUGAUGGAGCAAGUAAAGGACUUUGCCGCUAAUGUAUACGAAGCUUUCAGUACUCCUCAACAACUGGAGAAAUGAUUUGUUUCCCUCAAGAAACAGUACAGUGGAAUUCAUUUUAAAAGACAUUGAAUAAAUCAACUAUAUGUAG